AUGCAGUAUGAUCGCGUGCAGGCGCUGGUGGAGCAGUUCCAGGAGGACAAGUACGUUCUGAGGGCUUACGGGAAGAUCUACGCCCUGAACAGGUGCAAGGCGUACAGGAGCGUGCGCGUGGAGGACGUGGAGAGGCGCAGGCGCGCCAGCGGAAGAGGAGAGGAGCGCCCCGCCAACAGAAGUGGAGAAGAGCACCCCGCGAAGGGGGGUGGAGAACAGGACGCAAACAGAAGUGGAGAACCCCCCGCCAACGAAAGUGCUAAACACGCCGCAAAUAGAAGUGCUAAACACCCCGCCAGCGGGAAGUGCGCCGCCCCCCAACUGGAGGGCCUCACCCGGAUCGUGGACGAAACGCUCCGCCACUACACGAACGAAACGCUAAACCAGUUCUGCGAAAACGACGAAGAGCUGGCGCGAGUCUACAGCCAAAUCGACCAGUGCAGCUCCCUCUGCCAGGAGGUGGACUUGGUGCUAACCAACCACAAAAAUGAAAUCACAUGCAUCUCAAGAGAUAUAAACGAAAUACAAACCCUCACCGAAACGAUGAACCAAAAAUUGCACAACAGAAAGGUCACUCUAGAGCUACUCAACACCUACAUUAGAAUCAUUCUAGUUACUCCACAGUUGAUAUGUGCAAUUUGCAAGGGAAAUAUUAAUGAGCAAUUUAUAGAGAACGUAAAGGUACUUACGAAGAAGCUAGAGAACUGUAAGCACUGCUCCUUCGAUGCCUACCCGAGCAUCCGUUCCUCCCAUGUGGAGCUACUCAAGCUGAAGAAUAAAGCCAUUGAUCGCAUCCAUAGGUUUUUUUUAAACAGUAUCAAUGACAUACAGUGUAAAAGGAGCAAUGUGCACUUCGUGCAACAACACUUGGGGAGGUUCCACGAGCUCAAUGGGUUCCUCUAUAAUAACUGUAAGGAGAUUUACACCCACUUGGUGAAAGAGUACGUGGCCAUUAUGAAUCGAACGUAUUACAAUCUCUUCCGGAGCUACUUGCAAGAUUUGGAGAAGAAGAAGGUCGUGUUCAAUGGGGAGAUGACUGUGGGGGGGUGGGCAGGUGCGCAUGAGGACUGCGCCGGCGGGUGCAGCGACCCGCACAGUGGCUCCUCCAGCUGGCAGGUCAACUGGCAGGCCAACAGAGCCAAUUUGGCCAACCGAGCCAACUGGCAGACUAACCGAUCUAACUGGCAGGCGAAUCGAGCCAACUUGGCGAGCCCCCCUGGGGAAGCGGGCGACUCCCUCGUGCCGGGGAUACACGCCAACCUGAGCCUCCUCUCAGCGAAGAACAAGAUGAUGAACAUGCUGGGCUUCGGCUCCAGGGGGGGCGCGGCCUCGCAGGACAGGAAGGAGAGCCUUUUCCCGCUGAACGGCCGGGCCGGCGUGCUGCUCGACUUGGCCUACCACCCGGGGGGGGGGACGCUCAGCAGAGAAGCGUUCAGCGGAGAAGCGCCCACUGGAGAGCCGCCAAUUGGAGAACCACCCGCUUCCAAACCGCCAACCGCAGAACCGCUAACCGCUGCCACCCCGCCGGUCAUCUUCCCCGCGGACGACCGCCCGCACUUCUUCGAGGCGAUUUACAAAUCCGUGAGCAAGCUCUUCCUCGACACGGGCACAGCGGAGUACCUCUUCCUCUGCAACUUCUUCCGGAACUACGAGAGCCACGAGUUUCUGUUCCUCUACGUAUACUCGAAGACGCUCUCCCUCCAUUUCGAUUUCCUGCAUGUCUACCUCAGCGACACGUUUGAUGUCAUUUCGCUCUUCUGCAUCUACAUGAUUAAUAUGCACAAUGGGUGCCUGGCCAAGAGGAGGGGCAUCGCCCCCCUGUAUGAGUUUAUCCACCGGGUGCAGAGCCUCGUGUGGAACCGAAUCGACUACAUCGUUGGGGAGAACGUCAAGUCGUUGGCGACUCCCCUCGAAGUGGGUCGCCACACCCCCGCUAACCCCCCCCAGCAGAAAAACCAUUUAUACCAUUUUUUCCACCUGAACAGUGCCCAGGCGGGGAGCCCUUCCAGUGAGUGUGCCUCCCCCGAGGGGGUGUUCACCACAUCUGCAGCGACCCAUUUGGGUUCUACGGACCAGGGGGAGCCCGACGAAGAGGCAAUCAUUCGAAAUGCCUCUCUCCAAUAUGGCUCUUCUUACGAGGGGGUUACCCACACGAACAGACACCCCCAAUCAGAUGGCACUCCCCCCCACGGCCACACACACCCCGUAGUUAAAAGAUUUGCAGAUUUCUACUGCUCCCUAGUUGUGCUCACCAAACUGUCUCUCCAUUUUGAGAAACAGCACCAUGUGAGGAUGUGUUGCGGGGUGGUCUCCCCAAAUGAGAAGGGAAGCCCACAAGGAAAGAAGACCCCCCCUUCCACCACAGUGGGUGCCCCCCCCGGGGAAGAGCUUCCCCAUAAAGAGGAGGACCCCAUCUCAGCAGAUCGUGAUAGCGGGAAAAGACCCAAUUCGAGUGACCCCUCUGGUGGUGACCUGCAAAAUGUGAAGCAAAAUGUGAAGCAUACGAUAAAGGAGAAACGCCGAAGCGAUAAAGCGGACAGCCAAGUCGGGUUAACUGACGGUGGGGAAAACCCCCCCCAGGGGAACCGCGCAAAAGACGCACAACACAACAUGGAGGGAUCGCCCCAAACGGCUCAGCACACGAAAGGAGACCAACCCGUUGAAGAAAAAUACAGCCACCUAAAGGACCUCAUCGGAAGGCUAGAAGAAAGCAUAAUCGACGUGCUAGCGGUCCAUAAGAACCAGUUUGCACACACGAGAGAGCAGCUCCUCUUUCUCAUUAACAACUACUGCCACGUGAUAGACGUGAUGAAGCGGAACACCAUUGAGGAGGAGAAGAUCGAGCGGUUCGAAGCACUCCUUAAGAAAGAAAUAAACGCUUACGUGGAGCACCAGCUGAACCACUACGCGACGGAUUUGAUUCUGUUCGUCUGCACGCAUGAACAGAUGGUGGACAAGUUAAAGAAAGAUGGCCAGCAUCCCAGUGAUUUCACAUCUGAAAUAGAUGCAAAAUUAAUGGAAUCUGUGGCGGUUCAGUUUACCACAAAAUGGAAGAACCUUUUUAAGAACAUCAAACAGGAAGUUACUCUCUCCUUUUCCCACACGGAUACCUCCGCACAAAUUCUGAAAAUGCUAAACACACAGAUUCUGUUGUACUUCACCAGGUUCCAUCAGCUGCUCAAGGGGUUCUUCGCCCGCGCCCAGCCGCCCCCCUGCGUGCAGAACCUGCCCUCCGUCGAUGUGGUCCUCGUGCAGAUUAAGAGGGACGCCAAGGGGGGGGACUCCUAG